UUCCUGACAUAAGCCAGAAGAAAGUCCUAGAAAACAAUUUCAGGAAGAGAGAGUUACAAGCGACAACAUUCUUUGAAAUGUGAUCAGAUAUCUGAUCUAAAGGUCACAGAGGUUUUACUCCUUUACUUCAGGAGUGCAAGUGUUUGAUUUUGUCAUUCAUCAGGAAUAUAGCCUGGACGGUGUUGGAUGCACAUUUUACACAGGAUCUUUGCAGCUUCUUCCAUUUAUAAGGCAUCUAGUUGCUUCGCAAUGCAAACCAAGCAAUGGUACUUGAGGAUGGGAAUAUUUUAAAAGGACAGCCCUGGCUGCAGACAAGCAUACCAGUGUAUUGGCAAAAGGAAGAUCUUUUGUGGGCGAGCAUGUCAUUGUCUUGGAAGUUGUGCCCUAAAUCCUCCUUCCACCAAGCGUGUUAGAGAUUCUACACUACAGAUGAGCAUAUAUCCUCAGAAAGGCAGCUGGUUGGCAUUUUGGAGGGGCAAACAUGGAAGAAAGUAGAGAAGGUCGUGGCCUUACAGAAGACAAGAUUUUGUCUAUCUGGAUGAUUUUGUUUGUGGCAUUAGUUUUGUUUCCUUCGAUAUUUCGAGUGUCACUGGGGAUUUCUCAUUUCUAUAUGAAAAUUGUAAUUGAAAUGUUAGAGUGGGCCACCCUGCAGAUUGAGGAGGGAGUAAAAAAGCAGAAGGCGAUGGCACCUGAAAAUUUAAUCUCCACUGGGAUCAUCCAGAGAGAUGAGACUCCCAUGGAAAAGGAGGUUGUUGGCCGCUGCCGAGGAUGUUUCAGCCUUGCUGAUGUCAUGUACUUCUCCAAGAAGGGCUGUGAGGCAGUUGCGGAAGAUGAAGUCACUCGACGGUUCUCCUCUGAGGAGCUGCUGUCCUGGAAUCUCCUCAGCAGAACCAAUGCCAACCUGCACCAUGUCAGCUGGAAACUGGCUGCUGUGUGGGUCACUGGCAUCCUAAUUCGGUAUUGCCUCCUGCUGCCUUUCCGCAUCUGCUUGUCUGUUUUCAGCAUCCUGUUGCUGAUGUUGGCCACUACUGUAGUAGGACAGUUUCCAAAUGGCAGAGUGAAAGGCUGGCUGAGCAACCAGGUCCAGAUGAUAUGUGCCACCUUAGGUGUUCGAUGUCUGAGUGGCCCUGUUCAUUUCCACAACAGGGAAAACAAACCACAGGAAGGAGGUAUCUGUGUAGCCAACCACACAUCUCCAUUGGAUGUCCUAAUCCUGGCCAGUGAUGGAUGCUAUUCCUUGGUUGGCCAGGUACAUGGAGGGCUUAUGGGACUUAUUCAAAAAUCCUGCAUGCAAACCUCUCAGCAUGUCUUGUUUGAACGCUCGGAAAUGAAAGACCGUCACCUGGUGAGGAAAAAAAUUAGAGAACACAUUGCAGAUAAGGCCAAGUUACCCAUUUUAAUUUUCCCAGAAGGCACCUGCAUUAACAACACAUCAGUAAUGAUGUUUAAGAAGGGAAGCUUUGAGGUAGGAGGAACCAUCCAUCCAGUAGCAAUCAAGUAUGACCCCCGCUUUGGAGAUGCCUUCUGGAACAGCACAAAGCAUUCCAUCAUGACCUAUGCUUUUAAUGUGUUAACCAGCUGGGCUAUUGUCUGCAAUGUGUGGUACCUGCCACCGAUGGUCAAAGAGGAAGAAGAAGAUGCUGUUCACUUUGCUGACAGAGUCAAGGCUGUCAUCGCUGCUCGGGCAGGAAUGUCUGUGCUUCCUUGGGAUGGGGGACUGAAAAGGAAAAAGGUCAAAGAGUCUUUCAAGGAAGAGCAACAGAAAAGAUAUUGCCAGAUAGUAAUAGAAAAUGGAUCUGUGGGAAACGGAAAUGUUUGCUAAAUCCUAUUUAUUUUAUCUCAUUUUUCCAUGACUUAUUUCUACCAGAAAAUAGACUGGCUUUAUAUUAAACCAAACAUGUUUUUCUUCUGUCCCUGUAAGAUAUUUUACAUGUGACACAACAGGGAAACCAUGAAGAGAUAUCCUUAUUUAAAGCAAAGUACUAUAAUUUUAUAAAUAAGAAAACAUAAAAUAUGCUAAUAAAAUUCUCCUGAUGCUGAGAAGAAUCUACAGUAAAAUUAAUUAUGUUCAUUAAAAUAUGACUUUAAAAUAUUUGCAA